AUCAUAUGACGCCAUUUUUUCCUUCUAUAAAUAUCUAAAAUCCCCUUUCUCAUUACAUUCCCAAUUUCCACCUGAAUCCUAAACCUAAACCUAAAACCUAAAACCUAAAACCUCACCUCCCAAACGAAUCUACGAUCAUGGCCACCGAAACCGAAGCACAUCCCCAACAAUUGGAUGAGAACAAGGAAGAGCAACAACUCAAGUACCUUGAAUUCGUGCAAUUCGCGACCAUUCAAGCCCUGAUGCGUUGCGCUAUCCUCUACGGUUACGCCAAGGAACGCGCCGGUCCUCUCAAGCCCGGCGUCGAUACCGUCGAGGAAGCGGUGAAGACCGUCGUCGCCCCUGUCUACGACAAGUUCCACCUUGUCCCCGUCGAGCUUCUCAAGUACGUCGAUCGCAAGGUCGACGAGUCCGUCACCGAGUUGGACCGCCACGUCCCAACCAACGUGAAGAAGGUCUCCUCCCAGGCCUGCUCCGUCGUCUCAGAAGUCCGCCGCACCGGCGUAGUUGACGCCGCCUCCGGCUUCGCCAAGACCGUUUACUCCAAGUGCGAACCCAAGGCGGAGCAAUGUGCCGUGUCGGCGUGGAGGAGGCUGAACCAGUUGCCUCUGUUCCCUCAGGUGGCCAACACCGUCUUGCCCAAGGCGGCGUACUGUACGGAGAAGUAUAACGAGGCGGUUGUUAGUUACGCCGAGAAAGGUUACAGGGUUCCUGCGUAUCUCCCCUUGGUGCCUACUGAGAAGAUAGCCAAGGUCUUCAAUGAUAAUUGAUCUACAUUUUGAAGAUCCUCCUUGUGCAAUGUUUGUUUUGUCUGGUUUUUCCUUUCUAAAAAAAAAAAAAGUGUUAUUAGGAUACAUGUCAAUGUGUCCCAUUCGUUGUUUGUCUUUUGUCUUUUUUUUUACAUAUAAAUGUCUCGUUCUCUGGAGUAUAAAUGGAGCUUCAAUAUAUUGGUUGGA